UUUGGUUAUUAUUAAACUGUGUUUUCAAGUCGAAGUGUUUUUUUUAACGUUUCAGUGUAACGCACACGUCAUCAUUAUGCGCCCCUUUGAAUGAAACCAAGCGGGAGUUUUGUCGCAUUGAAUGGGAAGUAGGAAAAUUGUACCAAGAGCGACUUUAUUUAUACUGAGUGUCUGCAACAUCGUUUUUGAAACACAUUGAAAUGAUUGAUACAAUCGAAAAAGACGACAAUAUCAUAAGCGAGGAAGAAGCAGCUCAGUAUGACCGGCAAAUUCGCCUCUGGGGUCUGGAUGCACAAAAGAGGCUGAGGGGGUCUCGAGUGCUGCUCGUUGGACUCAGAGGACUGGGUGCUGAAGUGGCAAAAAACCUUAUUCUAGCUGGAGUGAAAGCACUCACACUUCUGGACCAUGAACAGGUUACUGAGGAAUCAAGACGAGCUCAGUUCCUCAUUCCAGUGGAUGCAGAUGGUCAGAAUCAAGCCCAGGCUUCCCUGGAACGAGCCCAGUUCCUCAAUCCAAUGGUGGAAGUAAAGGCUGACACAGAUCAAGUGGAAAGCAAGUCGGAUGAAUUCUUUCUUCAGUUUGAUGCAGUGUGUCUGACAAGAUGCUCCAGAGACCUGAUGGUCCGAGUGGACCAGCUUUGCGCCACCAGAAACAUUAAAGUCUUCUGUGGAGAUGUCUUCGGUUACCAUGGAUACAUGUUCUCUGACCUGGGCUUGGAGCAUCAUUAUGUAGAAGAGAAACCAAAGGUGGUGAAGUCAUCAGAAGAGGCUAAUGAUGGCCCCGAAGUGAAGAAACCUAGAAUUGAUCUGAAUGAGACUACCAUGGUGAAAAAGACGGCCAGUUUCUGUUCUUUAAAAGAGUCUCUUGAGGCUGACUGGACGAGUGAAGAGGCCAAGCGCAAUCUCAAGCGCACACCACCAGAUUACUUCUUACUACAAGUAUUGCUGAAAUUCCGCACAGAUAAAGGUCGAGACCCUCAUCCAGGUAGCUUUGCUGAGGACUCUCAGUUACUCCUGCAGAUCAGAGAUGAUCUCUUAGAGGCUAUGGGGGUGAAUCCGGAGCUGCUGCCUGACAACUUUGUCAGCUACUGUUUCUCUGAGAUGGCUCCAGUGUGUGCUGUGGUGGGAGGAGUACUUGGUCAGGAAAUAGUCAAGGCCCUGUCCCAGAGGGAUGCCCCACACAGGAACUUCUUCUUUUUUGAUGGACUGAAGGGCAGUGGCGUGGUGGACUACUUUGGAGCCAAAUGAUCGUGGAGAAGACCAAGGACAAGUGAACAAAAUGUAGGCACUCGAAGCAUCAUGGAAAGACCUUUUCAGUGCUGCAAAACAAACAUUUUAAACAAUAAGCACUCCUUUGAGGAGCUUAGGCAGUGUUGUUAUUUUUUCUGAGUUUAUACAGUCUGCAGGCAUACACUCACCUUUUCUGCCUGCUAUUAAGACAAUAUAGUGAAGUUCCAUGGCAAAUUUUGUGAUUUCCCAUUUUGUAAUGAAAAGAUUCAAAUAAAUACAUUUCUUUUGGAUUA